GUCGAGUCUUCUGAGGAGAGAGGUGAGCUGGUGGUGUUUUGAUAUUCUAAACUACUAUCUACAAAGUUUGUUAACGAAUCGAUAUACGAGGUCGUUUCUGUCUUGUUUUCAUCGAGUACAGCACGGUUUGUCUGUUUAAUGACUUAAACACUUAACAGCUGGCAACACGCAGUCAGAAGUUUGAUGAAGUUCCUCCCACAACAGUCACUCAUUCAGUCAAGCUCCUCAACCCUGCAGAAUGAACUUCACUGAAGAACAAAAAGAGUCGCUUGAAGAAAAUAAGGAGAAUAAACAAUUGAGCGAAAAUGAGGAGAAAAAUAAUUCCACAACUAGACAAAAACCUUUAAGUUGCUCUCAAACCAAAAAGAAAGAUUUAAAGAAAGGAAGAGCCAAGAAAUCUUUUGCCUGCACUCAGUGUAGAAAGUGUUUCUCAAGCAAAUCUAGUCUUGAUAUUCACAUGAGAGUUCACACUGGAGAGAAACCAUUCAGUUGUGAUCAGUGCGGAAAGUGUUUCACACAAUCACCAAGCCUUAAGAGACACAUGAAGAUCCACACUGGAGAGAAACCUUACAAGUGUUUACACUGUGACAAGAGAUUCAGUCGGUCAGAAAACCUGAAAACGCACAAGAGGAUCCACACUGGAGAGAAACCGUACACAUGCGAUCAGUGUGGGAGGAAUUUUGCACAAAGUGGACACCUUACAGAGCAUAUGAACAUCCACCCUGUAGAAAAACGUUACAAGUGUUCGUACUGUGACAAGAGAUUUAAUCGGUCAGGAUUCCUGAAAAAACAUAAGAUGAUUCACACUGGAGAGAAACCGUACAAGUGUUCACACUGCAACAAGAGAUUUAAUCGGUCAGCAAAUCUGAAAGCACAUAAGACUAUCCACACUGAUGAGAAACCAUACACUUGUGAUCAGUGUGGGAAAAGAUUUGCACAAAAAGGACACCUCAAGGUACAUAUGAGAGUUCAUUUUGGAGAGAAGCUGUUCACUUGUGAUCAAUGUGGCAAGAGUUUCAAACAGUCAUCAUAUCUUAAAGGACACAUGAACAUCCACACUGGAGAGAAAUUGUAUGCGUGUGAUCAGUGUGGAAAAACAUUUCUGUGGGCUUCAUACCUGAAGAAACACCUGAGUGUUCAUAGAAAGGAGAAGCCAUAUUCAUGUUCUUUAUGCGAGAGGAGAUUUUCACGUCUAGCAAAUUUAAAAGAACAUCAGAAAACACAUACUGGUGUGAGAGAGUACAUGUGCUUUGAGUGUGUAAAGACUUUUACUUCAGCAAAGUGUUUAAAACAGCAUGAGAGGAUUCAUACUGGAGAAAAACCUUAUGAGUGUUCACACUGUGACAAAAGAUUCAGUUAUCGAGAAAAUCUUAAAACACACGAAAGGAUCCACACUGGAGAGAAACCUUAUAAGUGUUCACACUGUGACAAGAGAUUCAUUCAGUCAAUACAUUUGAAAAGGCACGAGAGGAUUCACACUGGAGAGAAACCGUAUCACUGCACUGCAUGUGGGAAGUGUUUCAGUCGUUUAUCUUCUCUAAACAGUCACACUAAAAACGUUCACAGUAACUAGAUCAUCUUCAGAUCUGAUGCUGUGUCCCCACCAAGUCUGCCAUAAUAAUGUGUCAAGCAAUAAAAUAUAAUUUAAAACAAAAUCUGUUCUAACCAGUCAUUACAAGUGAUAUGACAAAGAAACACUAUUAAAAGUUUUCACAGUAAAAAAAAAAGUUUAUUUUCAAAACUAACAGAUUCUGUGAGAUUCAGAUGAAAUUAAAGAAGGAGUUCCUCCCCAAAGAACAUUCUUUUUUAUUGUGUAUAUAAUUUAUAUUUCAUUUAAAUUACCCUAUUGUAUAGGUUCAUAUUGUUUAGUUUUUUUUUUUUUUUAUGCAUAUAUAUCACUUUUAGUUUGCUUACUCUUCUUUCAUGAAGGAAGCUUUUUACAAAACCUGUUCUUGUUCAGGAAGCGGAAGAAGCUGCUACACUUUUAAGAGAGACUGAGAUUUAAUUUUAAUUUGUUCUUCUCUUUUGUUUUUAAAAUAGUUAAGUUAUUAUUCCACUUAUGAUGUAUCAACAAUCCUCUUU